AUGGAGUUCUUCGAAGAAAUAGAAACGAAAGGAUACGCGUGCAAUGAAAUAACUUAUGCUACUAUGAUCAAUGGACUAUGCAAAGCUGGGAAAACUUCUAAGGCUCUCGAGAUACUUACGAAGAUGUGGGAAGAUGGAGGGUUCAAGCCCAACCCAGAAUGCUACAAUCCAAUCAUCGAUAGCCUCUGUAAAGAAAGACAAAUAGAUGAGGCAUUGACCCUAUUUCGAGAUAUGAUCAGCAAAAGUGUUGUACCGAAUAUUUUCAAUUAUACCACAUUGAUUCAUGGGUUAUGCAACACGAGUCGCUGGGAAGAAGUGCUGUCUCUUUUUGAAGGAAUGGUAGACCAAGGAGUCAAGCCUAAUAUUGUCACCUAUAAUGUUCUUAUGACCACUCUUUGCAAGGAAGAAAGAAUUCAAGAAGCACUUACUCUGUUUGGAACAAUGACCGAGAAAGGUAUAAAGCCUGAUGUUGUCACUUUUAAUUCCUUGAUUUCUGCUUCAUGCAAGUCUGGUAACUGGGACGAAGGUGUGAGGUUAUUUAAAAACAUGAUUGAUUAUGGAGUCUUUCCUGAUAUUGUUACAUACAGUACUGUUCUGGAUGCUUUAUGCAAGGAAGGGAAGACAGAAGAGGCACUGAAUCUUGUGGAAGAAAUGGUCCGCAGAGGUGAAAAGCCUAAUUGUGUGACUUACAACUCCUUAAUUAAUGGAUUGUGCCGGACCAGCCAAUGGAGAGAAGCCACAAGGUUGUUUGAUGAAAUGGUUUGCCGUGGAAUCUUACCUAAUUUCAUAACUUUGAACAUACUCUCGGGUGCUCUCUGCAAUGGAAAUAUGACAGAUGAGGUUCGCAAAGAAUUUGAAGCGAGAAUAGAUGGAGCUUUGUAG